GUCAUGUAUAUGACAAUGUUGUUGCAGACUAAUCGUAUCAUAUGUCUUUGUAAAAUAAACAAUCGAUAGUAACAGCUGACUGUCACAAGGGCACUUAAUAAUACAUUUUUUGGAGUUGUCAUGAGGGGUUGUUGGUUAGGUGGUAGAUGUUCGAUUUAAACGAAUUUUAAAAACGAAAUGGCUAACGAUUUUAGUACUGGAAAAUCUAUUUUUGUUCUAGCGAUAGUUGCCGGUUGUUUCGCUGUUCUGUGGCCUAAUGUAUUUUAUCCAAUGAUACAAGGUUCUUAUUCCCAAAAGGAUUUGUUAUCUUCAGCACAAGGAUGUUGUGAUGUCAUGUUUGAUAGUGAUGUAAAUGCAAUUAAAGUUAUGAUAGAAAUCUGUGAAAAGAUUUUACUGAGGCAAGUAAAUUUUGAUAGUAAACUAAUGUUUGCCUUUCAACAAGGGAAACUGACGAAGGGCAUUGUUGAUCAAUGUCAGAAAACCGUUUUUGGCAGUUGUGGUGUUGAUAUAACACAAUUUCUUAAGGAUAAGGUUAGAUUAGGAAGAACUUAUAAGCAGAUGUUAGAUGAAAUCCGAACACACAAUAGUUCACUAUGUUUAAAACAAUCCUUUGGUGCUUCACUUGGGGAAAUUGGUCUUCCUCGAAGAAUCCGUGUUUGGGGACUGGACCAACCAAAACAUUUAAAACAAGAAAGGCCUCCACACCUGCGACCAGAAUUUUUGCAUCCUGCCUUGAGAGAAAAGGGUAGAGCUAUUCCCCAUACACAUGUUGUUCCUAAAGUUAGCAUUCAGGAAGGCAGGACAACUCCAAUCCCUGGUAUCAGACCUCCCAUGGGUGGUCCUGGACAAGUUGUUCCUCCACCUAAAACAACUAGUGGAACCAUGGGAGUAGUUAUGCCAAUGUAUACAAUUGGUAUAAUUGUUUUCUUUUUAUACACUAUGAUGAAGCUUCUGUUUAAAAAAUCUGAUGCUUCAGAAUCACUGGAAUGCUUUGUUGCUGAUCCAGAUUUUCAUAAAACAGUUUUUAAAGAAAACAAUCAUUCAUGUAUUCAAGAUAUUUCAAGUAUUCAAGAAGAUGGCACCAAAAUAGGUAAUUUACAUAGUAGUGAUAAUUUUGUUAUAUUAUUUAAUUGCUUAUCGACUAGCAUAUAGUUUGAAAAAAAUAAUCCCUUUAAGUAUUAGGCAAACAUACAGUUAGAAAUAAAAAUCUAUAUACAUCUGAAAAUCCACUCAUCAGAAAAUAAUGAAAGUUAAAACUGAGUACACAAAUGUAUUUUAAGUAUGCUAAUUAAUGAUCACAUAUUUCUAUUAAAAAAAAGUUUGUAAUUUAACAAUAAAUUACAAAUUAUCUAUAUUAAAGGAACAUAAAAAUAAAGAAUAACAGAUGUCAAUAUAUACUAAAAUAAACACUCACAAAAAUUAACAAUGAUUGAAAAUGCCUCACCAAUACCCUCAUGGAAUCCAACAGCUUUCCUCUUUUCUCUCCUAGUCGAGCCACAUUAUCCAGCAACGACAUCGUUGGCCUGGCUCUUGGUCUUUUGCAAGUUGGUCUAGCUUCGAAGAACUUGCAUGGUCCACAGUCUUCAUCCACUUGGCAUAUAUGUCCGAAUCACACCGAAUAUCAUCGGCAUAGAGUAGUUUCUGAGCAAGAACUGUUCUUUAGAGUUGGUAUUUAUUUUAAUAUUAUUGACUCUGGAAAAACAUGUAAAAUUAGGCUGUCAUAUCAGAUCAGAGAUUUCUUGUCCGAAGAACAUAAAAUUUUCAAUUUUUGCAAUGAAAAUGGGUGGCCGUUCAGGAUCUAAAAUUUCUUUUUUUUCCAGAAUCGUGUUUUUAGUAUUGUUGGCUGUAACAGAGCUACUGAUUGAGGGGAUUGAUGAAACUGAUUCUGAUUUGAUGGCUUAAGUGUUUUUGCUACGAGUGUUUGGUGUAGUUUUAUUUGUUUCAGAUGUCUUAUUUGAUCUGGCCAAUUAAUUUUUUUUCUUGUUUGGUGAGUUUCCCGCUGAUCUGGGGGCAGAGUUUCGAUUGCGCUUUUGAAGAGUCCUUCUUUUUAAAUUGUGAAUCGGUCUCACUGACCUCAGAAAAUGGUGUCUCUUCCUCCGAUUCUUCACCAGACAUAUUGUCAGGUUCCAUGAUAAGAGAAAAAAAAAUCUAUAACUAUUAUAACACUAAAAAAAUAAAAAUCUACCAAAUAAAUUCUUAAAACUAAACUAUUUACAGAUAAAAUACGAAAAAUUCGCAAUCUACAUAAUUAAACAAAAGUAAAAGUCUUAGAGUAAAAUAAAUAAAUAGAUUAAAGAGAGAAAAAAAAAGUUUAUUUCUUUGGAUACGAACUCAAUAUCACUCGAAGGAAGGUGUGUUAGUAAAUAGAGACUUGGCUGUGAAUCUUACGUAGAUAGGGCAAGACCCACCCGUAAAGGGAAUUACCGACCAGCUUUGCUGUCUCUACCGAACUGGUACCAAUUAACUAUUAAACAUAAUUGUUAAUAAAUAUCUCUCACCUCACUAUUUAAUGUAAAAAUGUUUAAAUGUACAUAAGCUCACUGUUCACAAAUUAUAGCGGCAGUAUUUGCAGAAUUAGCCAGAUGCAAAGGAAACAAAGACAGAGCGAUGCAAGCAUUAAAUUGUAGUUGCGGCCAUGACACUUGGUACUGGUGAUAAAGGUGAUUACCCAAUACGCAGCUGCCACGACUGUUUUUAAUGACAUGAUAUGCCAAAUUGAAAUUGCCUGAAUGGAAUCGCUUUUGUCAAAUGCCACACAAGUGUAUGACAAAGAGCAUGCGAUAUGGGACUACAAAUUCCGCAUGUGAUAUGGGACAACAAAUUCCGCAUGCAACAUUAACUGAAUUUUGUGCCACAUAGUCGGACGGCUACAAUAGGCAGCACUAGGAAACAAGUAACAAGCAACAUGUUGUUCAGUGUUGUCUUAGUGGAAUUCCGCCUUAACACUAUUGGGAUUCCUUUCUUGGGGACUAAAAGUAAUCUUGUGGACUUUCUUAUGGGAAAAUAGAGAGUUCCUAAUCAGUAGGUCAAAGUCAAUGCAAAAAUCUAUUAGCCUCUGACCAUUGGUAUUUUUGGUUUCCUCACCUCCGUGUUUCCCCAUCACUCCAUGAGAUUGGCGGAAAUCAUUUUCGUUCUUUGGAUUGAAGUCACCUGUAAUAAUUAUCACUCUAUGUGUCUUAACAACUUCUCUUUCUAAUUCAGCAUAAAAUUGUUCUUUAUCGAGAAUGUCUGCAUUCUCUGUAAGGGCAUUUAUCUGAAUAAAAACUAAAUGCUUUAAUGAUAUUUCAGAAUGAAUAGUUAUAAUCCUAGAAGAUACCAGGUUCCAUUCUUUAACCUCAGUGAAGAUGUUAUCUUUCAUGAUAAUCCCUACUCCUUCCUUUGCUCUGGUAUCCUUCAGGAUUCCCAAAUAUAUCAAGGUAUGGUCUCUGGGCAGCCUUAGCUUUCCGUCACAUUUUUUCUUCACUUCACUAAUACCUAGGAUGUCUACGUGGUAUGCCAUCAUCUUUGCAGAUAUCUCAUCUUCUUUUCCUGUAAGUAUCUUUAUGUUCUGUGUAGCAAGUCGAAUUUUCUUAUGAGUGCCAUGUUGUAGCCGUUAAUUUCAAUCCUGUCCGAGGCCACUUAAUAAACUCUGAAUCAUUAGAACUACUUUGGGGGUGAUUAGCCCAGCUAAAUAGGCCUUCCGAUUAUUUAUAACCCCUCGGAAAAAGGGGUGGCCAGGCUAUACCCAUGGCAAAUAAUAUAAAAUUGUUUGUAUAAAAUAAUUUUAUUAAUUGAAAAAAAUAUAUAAAUUUAAAGUGUUAAUAAAUAAAUAAAGUGUCAAUAAAUAAAUAAAGUAUUUUAUUUUUAAUUAUUACUUAUUAUAUAACUAUCUCAAUUGUAAGAAAUCAGUGUGUAGUAAAGUAUGUGUGUAUCUAUUUUGGAAUAGUGGUUAAAAUUUAUUAACUUAAUUUAUUCAUAAUUAAUAUUUAUUAAUUUUUUCCAUAUCUAGUUUUUUAUAUAAACUAGUAUUACACCGAUUUUUUUCACUUCCACAAUCCUACUACGUUUCGGCUCGUCGAGCCAUUCUCAAGUCUAGAAACAAUUUUUCAAUUCAGUCAUAUCUAAUAUUUUUUAGUUAACUUUUUAUGCAUGGUUAUUUGUAUAAUCACUGACAUAUUAAAAAAACAAAACACAAAAUUUUGAAAUAUAAAAUUUUUUAUAAUUACCUCUCAUGUACUUGUCUAUUACAUUUCUUAUAUAAAAUACAUGCGUUUUCUUGUAAUAGCCAGUAUCAC